AUGUUAAGAAACAUUCUGCUGUUGUCUCUUCAGAUAAGCCUCCUAGGAACCACUCUUGCUGGGAAUAUUCUGAUUUGGCCAAUGGAAGGCAGUCACUGGCUCAAUGUUAAGAUCAUUAUUGAUGAGCUCAUUAAAAGAGAGCAUAAUGUGACUGUCCUGGUAGCCUCGGGUGCACUUUUUAUCACACCAUCAUCUCAGUCAUCUCUGACAUUUGAAAUAUAUAAAGUGUCUUUUGGCAAAGAAAGAAUGGAAGGAUUGAUCAAGGACUUUGUUUUAACAUGGCUUGAAAAUAGGCCAUCUCCUUCAACCAUUUGGAGAUUCUAUCAGGAGAUGGCUAAAGUCAUCAAGGACUUCCACACUGUGUCUAGAGAGAUUUGUGAUGGUGUUCUUAGAAAUGAAAAGCUGAUGGACAAACUGAAGAAAAGCAAGUUUGAAGUCCUAGUGUCGGAUCCAGUAUUCCCUUGUGGUGAUAUAGUAGCUUUAAAGUUGGGAAUUCCAUUUAUCUAUUCCUUGAGGUUUUCUCCUGCCUCAAAUGUCGAAAAGCACUGUGGGAAGGUACCAUACCCUCCUUCCUAUGUUCCUGCUAUUCUAUCAGAACUCACUGACCAGAUGACUUUUGCUGACAGAGUCAGGAAUUUCAUCUCUUACCAUCUACAAGACUACAUGUUUGAAACUCUUUGGAAACCAUGGGAUGCCUACUACACUAAAGAGCUAGACGGAAGCCACUGGCUCAAUUUAAAGACUCUUCUUGAGGAGCUUGCGAAAAGAGGACAUGAGGUGACAGUUCUGAGUACUUCAAACAAUUUGUUUAUUGACUACAACAGACAUUCUGCAUUUAAUUUUGAAGUGAUCCCUGUACCAACUGAUAAAAACCUGGCUGAGAACAGACUAAAUGAGUUUGUAGAACUAGCAGUGAAUGUAAUGCCUACAGUAUCUCUCUGGGAAUCGGGAAGACUACUGCAGCAAUUCUUUAUUGAUGUAACUAAAGACAUGGGACUUGCCUGCAGAAGUACAGUCUACAACCAGUCGCUCAUGAAGAAGCUCCAGGAAUCCAAGUAUGAUGUGUUGAUUACAGACCCCGUGUUACCCUGUGGGGAGCUGGUGGCUGAGAUGCUUGGCAUUCCUUUUGUGAAUACUCUAAGAUUCUUCACAGGCUACACCGUAGAGAAAUACUGUGGGCAGCUUCCAGCUCCACCUUCCUACGUGCCUGUUCCCCUGGGGGGACUCACAACCAGAAUGACAUUUAUGGAAAGGGUGAAAAAUAUGAUGUUUUCAAUUUUGUUUGACUUCUGGAUACAGCAGUAUGAUUAUAAGUUUUGGGAUCAGUUUUACAGUGAAGCAUUAGGAAGACCCACUACCUUGUGUGAGAUUAUGGGUAAAGCUGAAAUUUGGCUAAUUCGGACAUACUGGGACUUUGAAUUUCCUCGUCCAUAUUUGCCUAAUUUUGAAUUUGUUGGAGGACUGCACUGCAAACCUGCCAAACCUUUACCUAAGGAAAUGGAAGAAUUUGUCCAAAGUUCAGGUGAAGAUGGUGUGGUGGUGUUUUCUCUGGGGUCCAUGGUGAAAAAUCUCACAGAGGAAAAAGCCAAUCUCAUUGCUUCAGCCCUCGCCCAGAUUCCACAGAAGGUUUUAUGGAGAUACAAGGGAAAGGAACCAGCCACUUUAGGACCCAAUACUCGGCUGUUUGACUGGAUACCUCAGAAUGACCUUCUUGGUCACCCCAAAACCAAAGCUUUCAUCACUCAUGGUGGAACUAAUGGAAUCUAUGAAGCUAUUUAUCAUGGGGUUCCUAUGGUGGGAGUCCCUAUGUUUGCUGAUCAGCCUGACAACAUUGCUCACAUGAAGGCCAAAGGAGCAGCUGUGGAGGUGAACAUGAACACAAUGACAAGUGCAGACCUGCUGGGUGCCUUGAGGACAGUCAUCAAUGAUCCUUCUUAUAAAGAGAAUGCCAUGAGGCUGUCAAGAAUUCACCAUGACCAGCCAGUGAAGCCCCUGGACCGAGCAGUCUUCUGGAUCGAGUUUGUGAUGCGCCACAAAGGGGCCAAGCACCUGCGGGUUGCAGCCCAUGACCUCUCCUGGUUCCAGUACCACUCUUUGGAUGUGAUUGGGUUCCUGCUGGUCUGUGUAGCAAGUGCUAUAUUGUUGGUCACAAAGGGUUGCUUAUUUUUCUAUCAGAAGUUUAUUAAUACAGGAAAGAAGAUAAAGAGAGAAUAGAUCUAGAUUUGCCAAAGUGCUGAAUUGGGCAAUCCUGUUAAUUCUAGCCCUAAGGAGCUCACUGAGAACUCAUCUUCGUCUGAUUUUAAAUAUCCUCCUUUACUUCAGUGAACAUUGGAUAUAUGUUUGACAAAUGUUCAUCUUUUUGAAAAGUGGCUUAUAUUUAUGUAGAUUGAGUUGUUCUCUUUAGGUUUCAACAUUUUUAAGAAGCUUUUAAUUCUUAAUAUUUUCUCAUCAUAGUAUCAUUUAAAAUUUAACUUUGGUAUAUAUAGUAAUUUUAUUUGGAAUCCUUGGGAAGCUUCACUUUGUACUUGGAAUUUGUUGAAUAAAUGGAACACACAAGAGUCAAAUUUCCACUUCUCUAUAGACCAUGCAAUCAGGAAUUACCACCACAGGAGAUCAGUUUAUUAAGUAAGAGUAGUGGUUUUCUUUUGUAAUAAAAAUCAUCUCUUUAGCUUACCCAAUGUGAUAGUUUUUUAGUAUGAAAUACACAGAAAUAGUACAUCAUGGCAUGAAAUAUCCAGCUCCAUAAUUUUUAUUGAGCCCAUUUAGAUAUUUAUGAUCUGCUUUUUCUUUUACUCUUGUGUGUCCCAUAUUAAGCCACUGAUUUUAGUUCAUUAAAUUUCAAAAAAAUAUAUCAAUAGAGUGAUCCUUUUCUUUUAAACAAAAUGUUAAGUUUGAUCAGAAUAUUUGUAAAGGAAACAACAAAAAGAAACAAAAGGAUAUGUAAUUUGUGAAACUUUUAAGUUAGAAAAAUAUUGAUCUUUGUUUUAAUUCACUGUAUUAAUAAUCAGUAAAGUAUAAUGUAUAAUCAAUAAUUAAAAAUUAAUUUUUGCCCAAAAUAAAAAUUUAGAAUUUGAGAUUGUGUUAUGAUUUUUCCAAUCUGCCUUGUAUAAAUUCAAUCAGUUAAUUUUUAUGUUAAGAAUGCACUAGCCUAAUAUUUUGACUUAGAAUAAACUAAGAAAUGAAUUUGAA